AUGCAACUGAAGCUCUCGGACGUAUUUGUCAGAAGAUAUUCAACUGACGCUCUCGCCAAUCUGGGUGAAAGUGCGUCUAAGGCUGAGGUGAUCAAUGGAUUGUUGAUUGUACUUGGCGAUAAAGACGAUGUUGUUAGGCGACGUGGAGCUAAAGGUCUCGGCCGAAUGAUUGCAAGUGCGGGAAUGACAGGCGCGCCACAUUUUAGUGCUGAUGCAGUUUUGAAACUGGUUGAAAAUAAAUGGCGGUUGAUUGAGUCCUCUUGUUCUAAGUCAACUGAUCUCUUUAACAUUGUUUGGGAAACAAAAGUGGAUUCAUGGCUUCCACUUACAUAUUUUGUUGCUUUAUGUGAAGGGAGCGCUGUAACUAUUGCGAUGCAGAGUUUGAAACAUUAUCGUAACUACACAGUGAAAGAAUUCAACGUGGCCAGUCCAGAGAACGAUAAGUUGCUUAGAAGAAUCACUGAAGCGUUUGUUGAAGAAGGAGAAAAGAUUGGUUUUUUUCAAGAAAAAGAUGCUGAAAAACAGAAUAAUAAAGUUAAUACCACAGCAGAAGAGGCCAUAGUCAACAUUGAUUAA